AUGAGUGACAAUAGAAAGCGUCCUGGGCCAUCGAAUACACCAGGGUUCCCUUCCAAGAGAGCAAAUCGCCUGUCGUAUGGGAUGGAUAGACUUACUUUGAACAAUGAUGAAGCAGCGUCUACAGUGGGCUCACAACGCACCAUGCUUGGCCAUCAUAUGAUAUCAGACCCACAAACAGCGGAUGCAGAUCAGGCGGCAGAGGCAGCAGAAGCAUCUACACCAACAGCCCUCGCCAGAGCAACAUACGCUCAGAAUGAGCCAUACACAUCUGCCAGCGAACCAUACAUACCGAAUCGGCCUCAAAUGUUGCUCUCAAGAAUAGGGAAUCCUACGGUUCAAUCGAGUUUAGCAGCAGACUUCAGUGAACACACUUUUCCACCCACCGUCAGAAAAUACCCAAGCGAUCCCAGAGACAUCAAGAGUGGUGAGAAUCAGAGACGCUAUGCGCAAGCUAUUGCUGACUACUUGGAGAAGAUUGGAUUCAAGGAAUUUGUACCGCAAUACAAGACUAUACGUUCUCUUUCCUCCAAGGACUUUCACUACAUUUAUACACAUCUGGUGCAACACUAUGACCCGAGUUACCGAAACAAGAAGAAAGUCGAAGACCAUGUGAUUGAAAUCUUGAACACGCUGAAAUACCCCUUACGAGACAGCAUCAGUCGCAAAUCACUACUGUCCAUUGGCGCCAUUCACUCAAACGCAAACUUCUAUGGUCUGCUGCAUUGGCUGAUGGAAGCCUGCAAAUCAAGAGAUGUAUCAAAUCCAAAGGAAUUCAAAGAUCCAUCCCUAGCCCAUCUAGAGAUCGAGGAGAAUCAAAUGGCAUGUGCAUUUGCUGAAUUCUCGUUUGCUUCCUAUCAAAAGUACAUAAGCUCAGAGGAGGAGCCUUCGUAUGACGAGGAAAUGGAUCCAUUGAGAAACAGAUUUGCUACUAUAGCUGAACAAAGAGACAGAGAUUUACACGAAAUAGACGCAGAAAUAGCAGCAUUGAAGGAUACAGCAGCCAUGUUGGAGUCAGACGGAUCAACAAUCGAACACUUGAAGAAAAGAAACCACGAAUUAACAAGAGACGGUGCAAAAUUCCAAAACUAUUGCCAGGAGAAGCGAAAGCGAGUGGAGAAGUAUAGAAGCAUCAAUAAAGUGGUCGAAGAAGAAGUCAAGCGAUUGGACAACGAGAAUCAGAGAUUAGAGCAGCAAAAGGCAGAACUGGAAGAGAAAUUGAGGGAAAAGAAUGUAUCAUUAGCUACUCUGGAGUCCUUGGCAAAAGAGCACGAGGCUGAGAAGAAGAGAUGCGCCGAUCUGACAGCUCAUUUAGAGACACGCCGAUUAGCAUACAACGAAAAGAUGGAUACAUUGACUGCUCUGAGGGACAGAGUGCGCAAACAAGUCGACGAGUUCAACACUAAAAUCAAGAAGCUGUUUCCUUCGGGUCAAGAACAGCACGAAUUAUUGUUAGUCUACAACCCUGGUGCAACGGCCACAAAUCAAAUGCUUUCUUAUGAUGUGGAUCAAAAGCUUAUACCAAUACUAGAAAGAUUAGAGAUCACCGAAAGACAAGAUUUCGAUCAAAUCACUCUUGAGACACAACGAUUGCGCGAGAAAACGGAUGCCCUGAAUGCAGAUAUCGAACAAACCAAGCUGGACUUGACAGAGAAGCAGAAAGAGAUUGAGAUCAAGGCAAAAAAGCAUGAGGAGGGUCGACGCCAGUUCAUGGAAGAAAACGAAAAGUACAAUAUUAUCACCGAAAAGCAUGAAAAGGCGUUGGAUGACGAGCGUAGUCGAAGCAGAGAUUCGUUGUUCCAAGCAAAGGAACGACUUUUUGCGGAGGAAGCACGAUUACAAGCCAUGGAGCGCAGAUUUGCAGAGGAGCAUGAAGAGCUACUGACAGUAGCAAGAAAGUUGAUUGAACAAUUCACAGACUCUCAAGAUGAACUGUUACCCAUGUUGGACGAUUUAAAGCAGUUGGUUCAAAAGCAGCACUUGAAGGAAUAA